AUGCUUUUAAACUGUACUGUAGUGUGUCGAGUUUAAAAACGCUCUCAGUUCGAGCUGUGUCUGCAGAAUUUAGCGCACUUCUUUGACGUUACACUCACCCGUUUGACCACGAUGAUGUCUGCUCAUGAGGAGUCACCAAAGUGUUAAAUGUUUGAAACCCAAGGCCGCCGAAAUUCACUUUUAAAGAGAGGAGAAAGAGAUCCGAUGCAUCUGUGCAAUAGACUGUGCCAAGGAGAGCUCAUAAUCUGGAGUUAGGAGCGCAGCGAAAAGUCCUGUGCAGUCUUUGUUUUCCUGCUAAAAGUAAAGCAUUUAAACAUCAGCAAGCUGGCUCACUCUCUCCCGACCCAGCCCGCUUUGACAGCUGCUCUUCACCCGCUCUGGAGGACAGUCAGCAGCAAGAGGAUGGCAUCAGAGCUGGCACUGAGCAGCUCCGACCUGCCCACCAGUCCCCUUGCCAUAGAAUAUGUUAAUGACUUCGAUCUGAUGAAGUUUGAGGUGAAGAAAGAGCCACUGGAGCCCGAUCGCAGCAUCAACCAGUGCAGCCGCCUGAUCGCCGGGGGCUCCCUGUCUUCCACCCCGAUGAGCACGCCUUGCAGCUCGGUUCCCCCUUCCCCAAGCUUCUCGGCGCCUAGCCCUGGCUCCGGGAGCGAGCAGAAGGCGCACCUAGAGGAUUUCUACUGGAUGACCGGUUAUCAGCAGCAGCUCAACCCGGAGGCUUUGGGCUUCAGUCCCGAGGACGCGGUUGAAGCGCUGAUCAACAGCACACAUCAGCUCCAGAGCUUCGACGGCUAUGCUAGAGGGCAGCAAUUCAGUAGCGCAGCCGGGGCGGGAGGCACCAUGGCUGGAGAGGAGAUGGGAUCCGCCGCCGCGGUGGUGUCCGCAGUCAUUGCCGCCGCUGCAGCGCAGAACGGGGCACCUCACCACCACCACCAUCACCACAGCCACCACCAGCAGCACCAAACUCCCGGGGUCCAGUCCAGCAACAACUCUUCUGCUACCCACCACCAGCACUCCCACCUGGAGGACCGCUUCUCGGACGAGCAACUCGUUACCAUGUCCGUGCGGGAGCUCAACCGCCACCUGCGCGGCGUCAGCAAAGAGGAGGUGAUCCGACUCAAACAGAAGAGGAGAACCCUCAAAAACAGAGGCUAUGCCCAGUCAUGUCGCUACAAGAGGGUCCAACAGAGGCACGUAUUGGAGGGCGAGAAAACCCAGCUCAUGCAGCAGGUGGACCACCUCAAACAAGAGAUCUCGAGACUGGUGCGUGAGAGAGACGCGUACAAAGAGAAGUACGAGAAGCUCGUGAACAGCGGCUUCCGAGAAAACUCGUCGAGCAGCGACAACAACACCUCAUCCCCGGAGUUUUUCAUGUCUUCCAGAAAGUUCCUUCAUCUGUGACUGUGAGUUCUCUGAGCCUGACCUUGAUAAGUGAGGAAUCCUAAACUGGACUGAAUACUAAAUGAAUGAGUACUUUGCAGUGUACCUGACAUCCACCUGCACAGUGAGGCUGGUGCUUCCUAAAGCGCUGCCAAACUCUCAGUGCUGGGGUGAUGGAUUUCUGAAAGCCCAGUUGAAGCACAAUCCAUCUUUCUCCAGGCUCAGUGUGUACUCUUGUAGGACUACACCAAUGACAUCUCACUGGAGCACCUCAUGCACCUCGCUCUUGGGUACAGGCUGCUCUCUGAGCUGUCAGGGAUUAAGGUGUUUGUGCAGAACAUUGCUGAAUCAUAAAAGGGCUUUUAGUGACCAAAGUUUUCCAUAUUCACUGCGGCCCUUCUGACCGUGAUUGAUUCAAAGGCGCUGUACCUUCUAGAACAAA